AUGAAUGCGCACCUCCAGGCGACCUCCUACGUCGUCGCCACGGCAUUGGGAGAUGACUUUCACGUCGGUGCCCCAGCUUCAGAGCUGCUUGUCGACGUGGGCGGCUGGAAGAAUCCAUCAUCUUCAUCUUCAUCUUCAUCUUCUUCGCCUGCCACCGUGCACCCCGAAGGAGGGGAGGUCCGGUGCAAGCUGUUCCGCUGUUGCGCGGUCAAGAGCGUACCGACUCCGAUGCCGCCGCCGCCCGCCAGCGGCAGCGGCGGCGAGCGCUCCGGUCGGCGCGUGUCGGCCACGGUCGUCAACAACCCGGUCUUCAACAACCCCAAGCUGCGGAAGAUCAUCGGCCCGUCGUCGCCCGCGCGCUCGCGCCGCAGCCGCAGCCGCUCGCGAGGUCGUCGGAAGAACACGCCCAACCGCGGCGACACGAUCCACCCGUCGUCGUCGCACUCGCCACCUCCGUCGCCUCCGCCCUCGUCGUCAUCGCCCUCGUCGUCGCUGUCCUCUUCUCCGUCCUCCUCGUCGGCGUCGCUGGCGCUCACGCGCGUGAGCGGCGAGCUGGCGUCGAUCGCGGCGGACGCCACGCCCCUGAGCUUCAACAUGCUCCCCGAGGAGGUGCAGCUCCAUGUCUUCAGCUUCCUCAGUCCCGUCGACGUCCUGUCCAUCGUGCCCGCCACCUGUCGCCACUGGAGGGAUUUGACGCAGGACGAGACGCUGUGGAAGGUGCUGCAAGAGGAGCACUUUGGCGGACCCCGACGCAGCGACCGAUCAUGGCACCAGGAGUGCAUUCUGGGCCUCACCCGAAUCAAACGACAGACGCAACGCUACCAAACGGAGAUGCUGCUUUGGGGCGCGAAGCACGGCCACACACAGUUUGUGCGCAGAAUGCUGCGCGAGUUCAACAUCGAUGUCAAUGUGCGAUCGCACAAGUCGGAGGCCUCGCCUCUUCACCUUGCCGCGGCGCAGGGUCACUACGACACGAUUGAACUGCUGCUGUCGUGUGGUGCGGAUGUAAAUGCGAGGACCUCGUACGGACGCACGCCGCUCGAACGAGCCGCACGCUACGGUCAUGCUGCUGUGGUACAGCUGCUUCUCUUUAGAGGCGCCAGCGUGAACUCGACGACGGAGGGCGGCGAGACGCCGCUGCUGAUGGCCGCGGGCAACAACCACAAGAAGGUGGUCAAGAUCCUGCUCCAUCACGACGCCGAUGUGACCGCGGCGUCGGCCGGCUUCACGGCCCUGCGAAUCGCCACCCUGCAGGGCUACACCGAGAUCGUGCAGCUCCUGCACCGGCACGCCCAGCAGACCGCCGGCGGCGGAGGCACGUCCUCGUCCGCCCUGUCGCUCGCCGCCUCAUCGUCGCUCAUGCCGGCCUGA